GGUUGACACCCGGGGCUUAGGAGGGGGCGAUGGAAUGGGAAGGAGCGCCUGGUCUAGUAACGCUGAUUCCUGCAUUUUUGAACAAACUUUUACUCCUGAAUCUGUGAGACUCAACAGAGGACUCUUUAUGGUGUGGGAUUUCAUGAUUUAAAACUUUCCUUGGCACAGGAAAGAUAUUUUAGCCGCUGUAAGAAAAAUCUUCACCGAAGGAGAGAGAGAGCAGCGAGUACAAGACCAGGUCGAUCCAUUUGAGGUUUACCUACCACUGCUCAUUUGGUUGGAGACUUAUGAGUUCAAAAGCCAGAGGAAAUUUGUCAGAAUGCAGCAUCACAGAACUCCUUUCUUCAAUUUGAUCUUCCUGCUUUCCUGCGCUGUGGCAGGACUCCAUCAAGAACAGUAUCAAAGGAGAAGCUUCUAAUCUAUGGAGGCCAUGGGCUUUUGCUCUGCCAGCCUUCACCUCUCCUACAAGCUCAAGCUAUUGAUGCUCAUUACCCUCUGUGUCUUAGUGAUAGGCUGGGCCACCUCCACUUACCUGGUGGAUACUUUACAUGAAACUCCAGCAGCAAAAGGAAUGGUUGGAAGUUUCAGGAAGCCAACCACUAUUAUGCAGGAACAAAAGGAGAAUUCAGAGAGGAAAACUGGGAAACUACCCAUAGCAAACUCCCCCUGUCCCUCUCUGUCUCCCUAUCUGCGGGGGCCUAGCAAGCUUACUUUCAGAGCAUCUCUCACCCUGGAAGAGGUGCAGAAAGAGAAUCCUUCAGUAGCAAAGGGGCGCCAUAGCCCGAAAGACUGCACAGCUCAGCAACGAGUGGCUAUAUUGAUUCCACACCGCAAUCGAGAGAAGCAUCUGCUGUAUCUGUUGGAUCACCUUCAUCCAUUCUUGCAGCGGCAGCAGCUGGAUUAUGGCCUUUAUGUCAUCCACCAGGCUGGCAGUGCCAAGUUUAACAGAGCAAAACUGCUAAAUGUGGGAUACCUGGAGGCGCUGAAGGAAGAGAACUGGGAUUGUUUUAUUUUCCAUGAUGUGGACUUGGUGCCAGAGAAUGACUUCAACAUUUAUGUAUGUGGCAGUCAGCCAAAGCACUUGGUAGUGGGUAGAAAUAGCACAGGUUACAGGUUGCGUUACCAAGGAUACUUUGGCGGUGUAACUGCUCUGACAAGGGAGCAAUUUCUGAAGGUGAAUGGAUUUUCAAACAACUACUGGGGCUGGGGAGGAGAGGACGAUGAUCUGCGGAUCAGGGUUGAAAUGCAGAAAAUGAAGAUAAUCCGGCCUUCCCCUGAUAUAGCCAAAUACACUAUGAUCUUUCACACUAGAGACCAAGGCAAUGAGGCAAAUGGCCAGAGAAUGAAUCUCUUGCGUCAGGUAUCCCGAGUAUGGAAGACCGAUGGGCUCAAUUCAUGCUCUUAUAAACUGCUUUCAAAAGAAUACAAUCCUUUAUAUACCAAUAUUACAGUGGAUUUUGGAAGGCAAGCUAAGUUUUCAUAAACAUUUCUUUUGCCUAGUAAAUUUUAUUAGAAUGGACCAAAAAAAAGUGAUCACAGAGCUACAUCAGUGAAAUACUCCAUUUUCUGUUGGUAGAUUUUCAACAAGUUCCUUACAAAGGGAAUGUUUUUUAAACUGUAAUAGAUUUGCUAGUUAUUUCCUUUUGAACUACAGGACAAUACCGAUUAGCUGGAAAUUGAAGACUGACUUGGGAUAAAAGUAAUCCUUUGUAAAGAAUAGUAAGCAAUUUUGUGAAGUGAAGAGAUGUAAGAACAAUUUAACUGUUACCUUGUCAAAGAAGCAACUUUUUUUUUCAGUACCCAACUUUUUAAAAUGCCUUUUUUUUCUCCAGUCAGUUGAACAAGUGCUCAUCAUAUUUUGAAGAGGGAUGGCACAUAAUUCCCUUUUCUUAGAACAAGGAAAAAAUAAAACUUUGAAUAAA